UAAGACUCGGAAUUGGUCUGUAGUAUGGUCCCGAGCUGCCUAUCUCCAAAUUCACGGUACAGCGUGCCUGAUACCUCAACCGGCCCUCUGCGCGUUGACUCCAUCUGCGAGGACCUGAGGGAGGCUAUCGAUUCCGGCGACCGGCACAUGCUCGACCAGCAGCGGCGAGUCUUAAAUAAAACUUGAAGUACGACCAUCUCACGUUGAACCGUUGAACGCGAGCUCGCCCCUGCUCAACCGCCUGUCGACCUCUGUCGACGUCCCGAUAACCGCCUCGGCCUUAGACUCGACCCGAGCUCUAGCCAGUUCAGCUGUACAAGAAUUAAAGAUGCCUGUGCCCGAUCGCUCCAUCAGGAUCUGCGCAGACCGCGGCGGGACGUUCUGCGACGUUCACGCAUCCUUCCCCGACCCGGACAACAACGCAGAGAGGAAGGACAUUGUCGUGAAGCUUCUCUCGCAGGAUCCAAACAACUACCGAGAUGCACCUACCGAGGGUAUCCGGAGGGUGCUCGAGAUCGUGACUGGAGAGAAGAUCCCGCGCGGACAGGUCUUGGAAACGAGUAAAAUUGAUUACAUCCGCCUGUCCACGACGGUAGCUACAAACGCUCUCCUCGAGCGCAAAGGCCACAAGCACGCGCUCCUCAUCACGAAGGGAUUCAGGGACCUCCUUCUCAUCGGAAACCAGGCCCGCCCCAAGAUCUUCGAUCUCAACAUCCGCCGUCCACCUCCCCUGUACUCGACGGUUCUCGAAGUGGACGAGCGCGUCACGCUCGUGGGCUACACAUCCGACCCACAGGCAGAGCAGCAUGCCACUCAGUUUGACGAGAGUGGAAAGAUCACGCGUGGGUAUCGGGGCAAGGGAUGGGAUGGCCAAGGCGACGCUGAGGGGCCUGGUGAGGUCGUGCAGGGCCUGUCGGGGGAAGCGGUCAGAAUCAUGAAGCGACCAGAUCUCGAGUCGGUCAAACAAGACCUCCAGAGAAUCUACGACGACGGCUUCCGCUCCAUCGCCAUCGUCUUCUGCCACUCGUACACCUUCCCCGAGCACGAGCGGCAAGUCGGCGACCUCGCGCGCUCCAUCGGCUUCACGCACGUCUCCGAGUCCUCACGCCUCCUGCCUAUGAUCAAGAUGGUCCCUCGCGGGGUAUCCUCCACCGCCGACGCGUACCUCACGCCAAUUUUGCGCGACUACCUCGACGGGUUCUUCGCCGGAUUCGACGAGAAGCUCAAGGACGGGAGGUUGAGGAGCCCGAGGGUGGAGUUCAUGGGCAGUGAUGGUGGAUUGCUAGACUUGACGAACUUCACGGGACUGAAGAGUAUCCUAAGUGGGCCGGCAGGCGGCGUGGUCGGAUAUGCGCUGACUAGCUGGGACGAGCAGAAGAGGCAUCCUAUCAUUGGUCUGGAUGUCGGCGGGACGUCCACGGACGUGUCGCGCUUCGACGGUCGUUAUGAGGUCGUGUACGAGACUACCACGGCUGGCGUGACAAUCCAAUCGCCCCAGCUCGACAUCAACACCGUCGCCGCAGGCGGAGGCUCUUGCCUCACCUUCCGCAACGGGCUCUUCCUCGCCGGCCCCGAGAGCGCAGGUGCAGAGCCCGGUCCCGCAUGCUACCGCAAGGGCGGCCCCCUCGCCGUAACUGACGCAAACCUCGUCCUCAGCCGGCUCGUGCCCGACUACUUCCCCAAGAUCUUCGGCAAGUCCGAGAAGGAGCCCCUCGACACGGACGCGUCGCGCUCCGCGUUCGAGGCACUCGCGAAGGAAAUCAACGCAAACCAGGAGAAGCAGCUCGACCUCGACGAGAUCGUCUAUGGGUUCAUCAAGGUUGCGAACGAGACGAUGGCACGCCCGAUCCGCGCGCUGACGGAGGCGAGGGGGUACGCGCUGUCGAAGCAUAUCUUGGCCAGCUUUGGCGGUGCGGGCGGACAGCACGCGUGCGAGAUCGCGCAGUUGCUGGGCAUCAAGACCAUCCUCAUCCACCGAUACAGCUCUAUUCUGUCAGCAUAUGGACUGGCACUCGCUGACCGUGUGUACGAGCUGCAACAGCCCUCGUCGACCUUCUACACCCCUGAGAACCGCGGAACUCUCAUCGCGCGCCUCGACAAGCUCAACGCCGACGUGCGCGAAGAGCUCGCACGACAGGGCUUCGAGGGCGAACACGUGCACACGGAGCGGAUGCUCAACAUGCGCUUCGAGGGCACGGACACCGCGCUGAUGGUGCUCCCCGACGCCAAGGACGGCGACGGCCACGAGGACUUCGAGGCGGCGUUCAAGCGCGUGUACAAGACCGAGUUCGGAUUCCUGCUCGACAGCAAGUCGGUCAUCGUCGACGACAUCAAGGUACGCGGCAUCGGGAAGACGUUCGACUCCCUUGGCGAGUCCGUCUACGCGGAGGUCGCGAAGAUGGCGACGCAGAGUGUGGACGCGAAGAAGGCAGACACGACGUGGAGCGUGUACUUUGACCGCGUCGGGCGCGUGAAGGACACGCCCGUCUACUUGCUGCCGUCGCUCGAUACCGGCGACGUCAUUGAGGGCCCGGCGAUGAUCAUUGACAAUACGCAGACUAUUGUGCUCAUUCCUGGAGCGAAGGCGGUGUUGGCGAGCAAGCACUUGUAUAUCACGCUGGAGUAAGUUAGAUGGUGAGGUUGACCGGAGGAUAAGUAGGGC